CAAAUUGCUAGUUUCGGCGAAGUUUGAGUUUUCCACGAAAGUCGACCGCGGAAUAUUGAUUGCUGCAAAUGAAGAGAAAAAGAGAUGAGCCUCUGGCGGCGAUUAGCCGAUGACUGUUCUUUAUUCUCUCUUUCGUUCCUGGCCUUUACGUUGAUGUCGUUGAAAGUUUGAGUGCCCUCCUUGGCAAAAGCAUUAACACCAACCAGAAAUCAGGGCGGAACCCCAAAUUUUCCAAAAGAAUUUCAGACGAAUUGAAUUCUAAGACCAAUUUAUCUCUGCUCCAACAUGAGACACCUAAUUCCUCGUUGUCCAGUCAUCCCUUUUUCUCUUCUGUUCGGUGUCUUCUUUUACUCUUCUUUUGCAUCUUCAACACCAAGGAGUUAUCUGAGCAGACAUUCCUCUCUAUCAGUCGAAGAUUUUGCUUCUGACGUUCUUAUCUCUCCUGACAAAUGGUUCACCUGUGGAUUCUACCCGGUGGGUACUAACGCAUACAGCUUCUCAAUCUGGUAUACCAACUUAACAGACAAAAGCGUUGUAUGGAUGGCUAAUCGAGACAGGCCCGUCAAUGGCCGACGAUCCAAAGUUUUGCUGCGUAGGGAUGGGAAAAUGGUGCUUACUGAUGCCGACGGCUCAAUCGUCUGGUCCACCAACACCACCGGCACCGGAGUGAAAGCCGAGCUCCUCAAUACGGGGAAUCUUGUCCUGCGGGACCGUUACGGUAACAUAUCCUGGCAAAGCUUUGAUUCACCUACUGAUACUCUUCUCCCUUUACAGCUCCUUACGAAGAACACGAGACUGAUCUCUGCAAAGGCCAAAGGUCAGUACUCCUCCGGCUAUUAUAUUCUCUAUUUCGACAACGACAAUGUUUUGAGAUUAAUGUAUGAAGGGCCUGACAUUACUAGUGUGUAUUGGCCUAACCCCGAGAUGGGUGUGUUUAGAAACAAUAGAACGAGUUAUAACAGAAGCAGAAUUGCAGUGCUCGACGAAAUGGGUAGUUUUUCGUCGAGCGACAACACGGGAUUUUAUGCUUCUGAUUUGAGUUAUGGGAUUCGAAGAAGACUGACCAUGGAUUAUGAUGGUAAUCUCAGACUCUAUAGCUUAAACGAGUCAGCUAGGCUCUGGGUUGUGACAUGGGAAUCUCUUCCGCAACACUGCAUUGCGCGUGGGUUGUGUGGAAAGAAUGGGAUUUGUGUUUACACACCAGAGGCCACUUGUUCAUGCCUGCCGGGUUACAGAAGAAGUGAUCCAAGUAAUUGGAACAAAGGUUGCGAGCCUAUGUUCAAGAGAAGCUGCGACAAUCCUCAAGAUGUGCAAUUCGUGGAGCUCCUGCAUACAGAAUUCUCUGGAUUUGAUUUUAACCUUGCGUAUUCCAUACCACUAGAGUCCUGCAAAGAGCUCUGCUUCAACAUGUGCUCUUGUGAGGCCUUUACAUAUAGAAUAUCGGGAGACCCAUUCUGUUACUUGAAAGCUUCACUUUUUAAUGGGUACAGUACUCCGAACUUCCCAGGCAGUGUAUAUUUGAAACUCCCCAAAAGCUUGAAAAUAUCAGAAACUUCCACUCACAUAGGAUCUUCUAAACUCACUUGUGGAACUAACAGCACUGAACCCCUGGUGAGUCAAUCUGGAAACUAUAAGUUGAAGAACAAGACUACAUGGAUUUAUCUCUAUUCAUUUGCCUUGUCGAUUGGUGUAAUUGAAGCAUUAAUAAUUGCAUUAGGUUGGUGGCUUUUCUUUAGCAGAAACGAGAUGUCAAGGUUGAUGAAAGAUGGAUACCGUGUGAUGUUCAGUCAAUUCAGGAAGUUUACUUAUGCUGAGCUCAACAAGGCAACCAAGAAGUUCAAGGAUGAGUUAGGGAGGGGUGGCUCGGGAGCUGUCUACAAAGGAGUUUUAGGGGAUAAUAGAGUGGUUGCGGUGAAGAAAUUGGGAGAUGUGAUUGAAGGAGCAGAAGAGUUUUGGGCUGAAGUGAGCACAUUUGGGAGAAUUAACCACAUGAAUGUGGUUAGAAUGUGGGGCUUCUGUGUAGAAGAGACUCACAGAUUAUUGGUCUACGAUUAUGUGGAAAAUGGUUCACUUGAUAAGCACCUAUUCUCCAAUGCCAUCAUUUGCAGAAAUAGUAAAACUAGUUUUUUGAAUUGGACGGACAGGUUUAGGAUUGCUAUAGGAACAGCGAAGGGUUUGGCAUACCUGCACCAUGAGUGUCUGGAAUGGGUAAUCCAUUGUGAUGUGAAGCCUGAAAAUAUACUUUUGGACAAAGAUUUUGAGCCUAAGAUUGCAGAUUUUGGACUGUCCAAAUUUUCUCAAAGAGGUGGAUCUGGCUCAGAAUUCUCUAGGAUUCGAGGAACAAAGGGGUACAUGGCUCCAGAGUGGGCUCUGAACCUUCCUAUUACUGCCAUGGUUGAUGUGUACAGUUAUGGGGUUGUACUCCUAGAAAUUGUGAAGGGUACUCGGCUUUUCAAUUGGGUGGUUGUGGAUGGAGAAGAGGAGGCAGAGAUAACAAGAUUUCUCAAGAUGGUAAAGAAGAAGAUUGAAAGUACAGAAGAUGCAUGGGUUGAAGAUAUAGUGGAUCCAAGAUUGCAAGGACAGUUCAACAGGAAUCAAGCAGUAAUGAUGAUUAAGAUAGGUAUAUCCUGUGUGGAGRAGGAUAGAAGCAAGAGGCCAACCAUGGACAUGGUAGUGCAAGCUCUAAUAGAAUGUGAAGAUGAUGAACCAGAGAUCUUUACUGCAAGCAAUAGCAUUUUGUAAUUUAUGGAAAGAAAACGUACAAAACUUUCUUUCUACCAUCAUACAUGGAUGUUAUUUGAUGUAGUGAUUUGUAUUUCUUAUGAAUACAUUCAAUAAUUUAUGCAAAGACACUGUAACUUACAGCAAUAAGCAUUAUAAGAUAUUUUCAUCA